AUGAACUGCCGUCAGCUGGAACUUCUGGGGGAAGUACAUAGCCGUGACAACCUUGAUGCCUCUGCCAUGGAAGCCAGGCAUGGCCAACUCGAUGUCCGUCAGACGAUGGUGGCGCCAUGCGCACUCAGCCCCAUUCGGACACUCUCCUCCGCCAAAGGCAACUUCACAAAGGCCAAAGUCCAGGUGAGGGUUGCGCGCAUAGCUGGUCGCCGGCAGCUUGCCUUUACGGCCAUACGUCCAAUUUGA